UUGGUAGCUCUCUCUCUGCUCUUAAAAACAUACAAUACAUAUUGGUCCAGCCUAUCUGAGUUUGAAUAGAAUCAGUAGCAAGUCAUUUUAUAAGUACAUAAUUAAAAGAACAAAAGCUUAAGACAUAGAUGUUAUAUUUUUCUAGAAAUAACUUAAUUAAAUUAAAAUCAAUACAUUAUUUGUAGACAAUAGGCUAUCAUGAAGAAGUAUUUACAAAAUCACUAUUGUGAUCGCUCGCCAUUACUAUGAAAUGUAUGAAUUCAUCUAGAAUUAACGGUGCAACAGUGUGUGGCCAAGUGCAGUUAAAUCGUCUGGUUUCUCGUCAUACUAUGCUCAGUAUUUAUUCAUAAAAAGAACUUAUUUUUCUUUCAAUUUUGGCGGGAGAGCUGGCACAAUACUUCAUAAACGUUGAAUGGUGUUCUGUCAGCUGUCGUCUCGUCUGUCGUCCCCUGGCCUCGACGCCGUUUAGAGCUUAUAUCUUGUAAGCUAUAAAAUUACCAGUGCAACAGUGAAAUUUGUGGUGCGUUUUGUGAUCAAUGUGGACAUUAGACCAUGUGUCUUGGGUAGGCGCGUCAGAUAUGGAUACCAGACGGGCGUCCCCUAGCUUCGAAGCAAGUUUUGACGCGUGCGACCCUCUUGGAUCUGUGUUGGAGUGGUCAGGCCGGGGGCCGGCCCGUGUGCUCCGGCGACGCUGCCGGAGCGAGGGUAUCGACAGAUCACCGUACGAGGAUGUGACACGCGACGUCAACCGGUCAGCAGAUAGUCACCCUCGUCAUCAACGCACCGUGCCCAAUAAAAGUCAUUUCACCCUAAACGCCGUUCAAGAGGCGCGUUACGAUCGUUUUCAUUACGAAUGUUCUUUUGCCGCAGCUGAAAACGGUGAUUACGCCAUGUCUCAUGACCAUCGUAGAAACCAGGGUUAUCAGGCACCAAGAUCAAAUGUGCAAAGAUCAAGUCCUACUAGACCACGUCAAUUCAGUCCUAAGCCAAAUUCAAAAUUUGACGAUAGCCGUUUACCAAAAGUUGAAGAACUGUUAGAAAGAGUUGAUCAUGAAAUGAUGGAAGUGCCUGUAAUAAAACAACCAUUAAAAUCAAUACUGAAUAAUCCAUUAGUAAAGUCACCACCACAAAGUAUACUAAAGAAACCUAAGAGCAGACUGUACCAGGAUCCUAAGUCAAGUGUUGAAGGCCGGAGAAGACAGAGAGCUGCCAGUGAAUCUGACAAUACUUACUGCAGUUAUAACAUCAGCUCUCCAAUACCUGGAUAUGAUAGUCGACUGAACUACAUCCCGAACAAUACAAAACGAGCUAAAGAUAACUCUGGAAGUGGAUAUUCAUAUGGGAAUUCUGUUAAUGUGAUAUCACCAUCUCGAUCUAAAAGUCCUCCAACCUUCCGACGGAGUCUGCAUUGCUCUUGUAAGGACCAGGCGGUACCAGCUAGAGAUGAUAUGUUUGGGAUGCAUAUAUUGAGGACCACAGCUAUUAAUAAUGACAGAGUUGAACAUGUUCCAACAAUCCCAGUGUCACGCCGAAACUCACCAACGCCAACUUGUCCAGCAGUAACCCCAACGUUACCAGUGAGCUCGGUCACCGCUUUACCUGUUGUCAAGAAACCUGUCAAAACUGUCAAGAAGAAAGGAAAGCCCAAAGUCAAAGUUGUCAAGAUGAAAUCAAACUCGAAAGUUGACUGCACCGUUCCAGACGACAUUUUACAAGGUAAAAGCAGAACACCAUCCCCACACCCAGUAGAACCAGAAUGGCAUAUGGAGACAGAUACUAUCGUACCAGAGGAUAAAGUGGAGAAGCGAUCGCCCUCGCCAACGCCGAUAUCCAAAAAACAUGAGUACUCGGAACAAAACUGUGUUGCUAAAUUAUCUAGUAAAUUGAACGGAACUGUUGUAUCACCCAAAAAGAAAGAGCCGAAUUCGGAACAUCAACAAUUUCUAACAGCGUUACACACAAUUAAUCCAUUCAAAAAUCUACCAUCACGCAAAGAUUCUCCAGUAUCAAUCCCAGAUUCGAUAACGAGUAGUCUCCGCUUAUCCCUGUUCCCGCGAGUGCCGCCAUAUUUAAAAUUUGCAAGCCACGAAGAGACAGCUCCGUUGAAAAUACCAGCUCCAAUACAGAAGCAUUUGAAAUGGAAAUUAACCACGAUAACACCAAUUUUAGUAAAGAAAACAUUAACUAACUCCGGAUUUAGAUUGGUUAAAAGUGAAUGUGAUACGUCGGAAUGUCCACAAGAAGAGACAGUGGAAUGGAUAGGUAUUUGGGGUAAACAUAUGAAAUCAUUGAUGUUCAGAGCAAUAAAGGAUGGACAGAAAAUGAAUCAUUUCCCGGGAACAUUUCAUAUAGGAAGGAAGGAUCGCUUGUGGAGAAAUCUACAGAAGUUAGUCUCCAAGUAUGGCAUGAACGAGUUCGGAAUAAUGCCAAAGACAUAUGUACUGCCUCAUGAUAUGAAGUUAUUGAAACAUGAUUGGGAAAAACAUGCAGCUAAUAAUGAGAAAUGGAUCAUAAAACCUCCGGCGUCUGCCCGCGGCACCGGCAUCAAGGUAGUGUCCCGCUGGACGCAGAUCCCAAAGAAGCGUCCAGUGGUGGUGCAGCGCUACGUCUCCAAGCCCUACCUCAUCAACGGAAACAAGUUCGACAUGCGCCUCUACGUGCUCGUCACCUCUAUACAUCCGCUCAGGAUAUACCUCUACAAGGAUGGACUCGCCAGGUUUGCCUCCGUUAAAUAUAACGAUGAACUAGCAUCAUUGAACGACAGAUAUAUGCAUUUAACAAACUACUCAAUCAAUAGACUCUCAAAGAACUAUACGCCUAAUGAAGACUUCGCCGCAUGUGAAGGGCAUAAAUGGACGCUGCAAUCUCUUUUCCAUUACCUAAAGACUGAUAGGAAUGUAGACACGGACUCGUUGUGGGAAUCUCUCAAAGAUUUGGUAAUAAAGACUAUAAUAUCGGGCGAAGCCAGCAUCAGUUCUCUUACCAAAGCCAACGUCACCUCGCGGUACAAUUGCUACGAGUUGUUCGGUAUCGAUGUUUUGUUGGAUGAAGAUCUUAAACCAUGGCUUUUAGAAGUGAAUAUAUCGCCCAGCCUGCACAGCGCGUCUCCGCUCGACAUCCACGUAAAGGGACCUCUGGUGUCUACAGUGCUCAACAUCGCGCAGUUCCAAGUUCCUUCCAAAACUAACUUGGAGGCACUUAGUACAACUAAACCCAAUAAAUUGACGGGCCUGCCUUACGAUAGUAGAUUGUACACGGUAUACCUUUCCAAAGAAGAAAGAGACAAGCACAUCAUAUAUACCAACAUGGAAGACAGAGAUCUCUACCUCCGGGAUAUCCUGUCGACGCUGACGCCGGACGACGUGCGGCACCUGAUCCAGGCGGAGGACGAGCUGACGCAGGCGCGCGGCAUGGAGCGCGUCUUCCCCAGCCAGCACUCGCACAAGUACCUGCAGUUCCUGGCCGGCCCGCGCUACUACAACCGCCUCUUCGACGCCUGGGAGGUGCGCUACGCCAACUACAGGGAACCCGGUAUAGAGUUACUCCGCAAGCUGUGCGGUAUUGGCUACCACCUGGAGGCGCCGGCCGUACCACUGCAGCGGAUGGCGCCUCAGCUGAGCGCGUUGGAUCGUUGCAGAAUGAUGUGGACGCGCCGACGCCGCCCCUCGAGGAGACCGCUUCACUUCACUCCGGCAGCUUCGCGCUCCUCACGGGCUGCGACUGCCUUUCGUCCCGGCCCGCUUCGCCCGCGCGCCCGCACGCGCCCGUGCCCGCCUCCUGCGCCAACUACGCCGCGCACGCCGCACACGGCAACGCAGACUUCCCCGCCCGGCUCACCCAGCUCGAGCCGCGCGCCUAGCCCCCGCCACCCCCGCCCACACCCUCACCCACACCUCGACCUCAACAGCAACAAGUGCGCCCGACACAAGCACGCCCCGCCCCACGCACGUGCGCGCCACGCCUCCGCAUCCGCCUCCGACUGAUAGCAACUGUGCUCGACCAGGGUCAAGUUAUCUGCUGCACUCAAAAUCGUUUAUUGGUUACUUAGUUCCCUUAGUGUACAUUUCUCAUAUAAAAUCUACACUAGCGGUAACACUUGGUGAUCAAUUUACGAUUCUAAAGGCCUGUCCCACAAUUCUAGUAAAUUGUCGGAUAACAAUCCAACGUAUAAAAUAUGUGAUGGAUAGGAUUUUGGUACUCUAUCUGACAGUGCGUCACUUAAGCUGCCUGGGCCACUAUCUGCUAGUGGUGGGACAGGCCCUAUGCAUGGUAGUCAAAAAUUAAAACGUAAAAAAAUAGUUAAAUAACACAAAAGUCAAAAUAAAAACUUGUUCGAGAGACUGACCCCUGUCAAGUAUGAUUGUUUACUACCCAAGUGGAUUGUAAAAAUUCCAGUGUUUAAUAUUAAAUUUAAGGUCCUCCUAAAGAUUUAAGUAUUCAUUGAUAAAUGUAUUUAAGAGAAUUACGUAUUGUGGAACUUACAUCCAGAGCUUAUACUGUGUUAGGAUGAUAAAAUUGCCCAUUGUAUGGAUUAUCAACAUUCCUGCCGUUAUUGGAAAUUAGUGAAAUAAUUGUCACUUUAAUGCUAAACUGUGUUACUGCAUAUAUUCAUAACCUUAUGUCCGGAGAAUAAAAUGAAGGCAAAAAAAAGGCCACUGGGUGGCAUUUUGUUGAGAUAAAUUUUAUUAGUGUUUUGCAAUACAAAAUAACAUUUCAAUAAUCAACUACAAAUAAUAUCUAUGUAUAUAUCCGCUUUUGUCACAGUUUUUCCCAUGAAUUUAUUGAAUAAAAGUUGAUAAUUCCAAAUUACAAUGUGUUCAUUGUGUAGUCUUGCUAGAGUAGGAACUCUUUAUAAGGUCGUGAUGUUUUUAAAUAGUGUUCAAAGCAAAGAGUCUAUUGAGAUGUGUAUAUUAAAUUGUAAUAAAGACUUGGGAAAUUAUUAUUAGAUAUCAAGUAUUCAUUCCUUUACCAUGAAAUAACAGUUUAUUAGUCGCGUAUCUUUGUUGUCCCGAAGGUAGAAUAUAUUGCAUUUUUAGCGAGUAAACAAGGUUUAAUGUAUCCAGCCAGUAUUGUACGGAGCCAAUACGUCAAUUUUCACUGUUACUAUUUACAUAAAAAGUUUUUAUCUCAUUUAUUUUAGUAGCGUGAAACAGUGGAAGUCUAUUCUUAAAUAUACAAAGAUACGCAGAUUGUUUUUCACUUUAAAAAUUUAAAUGUCUAUUUUAAAGUUCAUUUUUGUUAAAAGUAAUUUACUGUUGAAUUAAAUGCGUGGCAUUACAUUUUUACAACGAAAUCUGUACAAGAAUUAAUUUCUUAACUUUUAACCAAAUAGAUAAAUAUUUUUUUAAAGUUAGUAUCAUGGACUUGCAAUGUACAUUAUGUAUUAUCAUUAUGUAUUUAGUUUCACUGUUGAAGGAAUUAAAAUUACAUUAUGGGAAGUAAAGAUAUCCGUCUUUUCAGCAAUUUUACUUUUUUUUUAACUUUUUCUGUGUCAUUUAGUAUGAAAAGAAACAAACUUAAGUUGGCGAGAACUGAAUGAUGUGGUUAUUUGAACAAUGUAUUUAAUUCUCUCAUUUAUGUACGUAAUUUAAUUUUAAUCUUUACGUAAACCUCUUGUUAAGAAUUGACAGGAUAACCUAAAUCGGUCCUAAGAACAUUUUAAUAAAAAAAAAGAAAAAUG